AUGGAGACGAAGGUCGCUAAUCGGGAAAUUAUUUCCGAAGGACUGACUGUCAGUCUUUAUGAAACGAUGACGCUUGCCAAGAUAUCCUUCACGGAUAAGAUUGAAGAACGUGACGAGGAAUUGUCCCGAAUGCGUGACAAAUGUCGUGGUGACAUGGUGAAGGCCGCCCACGUGCGGGAAAAGGCGGCGGCGGUCGCCGCAGACACCGCCACCGCCAGGGAGGAAUUGACUGAGCUGAAGGCGACAUUCCAAAGCGAUGAGGAAAGUUAUGAGGAAGAGAGUAGUGUUGCCAGCGUUGCCAAGCAACAACCCGAUGAUAAUAUUCUUGCUGCCGAAGGAUCCCUGAUGCAACUGGAGAAAACCUGGAUAUCAAAGACCAAAUUGCAGGAAUAUGGAGAAGACAUCGACGAUGAAGAAGAAGAAGAAGGAGAUCAAUUCGAGGUCAUAGACCAAGGAGGAGAAGUACCAGAAGAAGCAGGCGAUUGGAUGUUCUCUGACAUGAUUGAAACCGGAGGCGGCAUUGAUCAAUUGACAAUGAUAAAUUUACCUCCGUCCUUGACUCAUACUCCGACAGUGACUUCUUCAGUUGAAGAUGAAUUUGUCGAGAAAAAGGUGGAAGCUAAGAUUACUGAAGAUGAAGUUCUGGCAAGACUGCCCAAGAUGACCAGGGAUGAAGCAAAGAUCGCGAUACGAGAAGCAAUGAUCGAAAGACAACGCCUAAAGACCAAGAACGCCCUCCUGCAAGCACUUAUGGUCAGAGCUUUAGCAAAACGAGAGCCUCCUCUAAAAGAUAUAGCCACCGAGCCCGGCAUAUGUCCUCGUUCCGACAACGUGAGCCUCUCCUUCGACUUGAUCGCAUCGCCUCCGAUGAUUUCGCGUUCGUCUAUGAUCGGAUCGCGUCGAUCGGCUCUAGAGGAGCAGCAAGGGAUUUCCCCGGCUGCCGAAACGGCCGCCAAGUGCAGGAAGUACGCUGAAAAGUUGCGCCAGUACGCCGAGGAGAGGAAGGACGAGAUAGAGAAGAGACAGUACAUGCAGGAACGUCUGAUGACCCUGCGUGAAGCCAAGACAAGGAACGGCGCCUUCUGCGAAGAACUCAUGCAGCAAUUUGCUGCCAGACUUCGGGAAAUCGGCACAGGUCUCAAGAGCUCCAGAACUGGAAACAUCAUGCCGGAGAAGUACCUGGUUCGUCUUCUGGACAGACAGAUGCGUUCCUGGAGAGCUUUGGCAAAUGAGCGAGUAAGUUACAUCCGAACCAGAGAUCGCACUAGGGAAAUGGAGACGAAGGUCGCUAAUCGGGAAAUUAUUUCCGAAGGACUGACUGUCAGUCUUUAUGAAACGAUGACGCUUGCCAAGAUAUCCUUCACGGAUAAGAUUGAAGAACGUGACGAGGAAUUGUCCCGAAUGCGUGACAAAUGUCGUGGUGACAUGGUGAAGGCGGCCCACGUGCGGGAAAAGGCGGCGGCGGUCGCCGCAGACACCGCCACCGCCAGGGAGGAAUUGACUGAGCUGAAGGCGACAUUCCAAAGCUUGCGUGGGCAAGUUGCUCGUCUCAGACAAAAACGUGGAGCAAUCCGUCUGGAGAUUGAACACACAAAAGAUACACAUGGACUCCUCCUCAAACCAGCACUUUUAUUACAAGAUUAUAAACUCAGCAUGACAAAGGUCGACCAAAUGAAAGUUAAGCUGGAGCAAUUGAAAACCGAAUAUGCACAAAUUCGUAUGAAGUUACAACUAAUUCGAUCGAUGCAGAUGGCUAAAGCUUCAAAAUCUAUGACGAGACUACCAAUGUAA